AUGGAACACGACAUUGUUCCUCGUAUGAUGCUAUCUCCUAAGAUAUCAAUUCAACAACAUCUACCUAGUAUUCUCAAAUUCUUCCAACAACAAGUCAACGUCAUUGAUGAUAAGCCCCACAAAAGUCGAAAGUUGAUCUUUAGCAAAUCGGGUCCGGGAAAACGGGCGGCUGAAGAUCGGUCGAUAGGAGACGAUGAAGGUGUUAAGUUCUUUGAGAAUGUAAUAAUAAAUGCAUCAACAGUUGCAAGUCAUGUUGCAUUUGAGCUCAUGGAACCUACAAAUUCUCUAAUGGAGAAGCUAUCGGUUGACUUUGUAAAAGUCUCUCCGUAUAGACCAUCGGGUUUUUACGUGUUUUGCACUAGCCCUUCACAACAGCAGUUUCGGGUGGAAAACCCGAAUGCUGUUCUACAGUUACUGUUUUAUUUCUUACAGUUAACCGACGAAAGUCAAAAUCUGGUUGAUUUUUCGUUGAAAAGUUUAAAUGAAAGUUUUAGUUAUGAAGGACAAGUGAAGAACUUGUUACAGUUGGAAACCUUGAUCGACCUGAAAGACCUCAACGACCACUUGUUGACUCCUAACGGUAGUGCAGGUGAUGUGGUUAGUUCAAGUAACCUAGCUCUAUUCGAACUGAGUGCAAGUGCAAGAUGCUGUUUAAUAGCUGCUGAAGAGGCGGAGAAUAGGAAGAAAGAAAACGAGAAGGUGAUCGAUAAGUCGAUGAAAAAAUACGCAACACCGGAAGAGAAGAAAAAGAAUAGAAAUCGAACUGAGCUUAAGUUCAUCGAGGAUAUUCUGGAUGAACUCCGUGAGUACAAAAAAAAGCACACUGAUUACUACGAAGCCUUCAAGCUUCAAAAGGAGCACGACGUCGACUUCUUGGUUAAUGUAGACAGGCUGAAGCUGGCUAAAAUAUUUGACGAAAUUGUGGAGAUGGUGAUGCGUGAUGAUCUUCCUAAUGAAUUUGAAGGUCGGGACGAGUGGGUGAAGGUAGGGACGGAGUUCAGGCGACUGUUUGAGCCUUUAGAUAUUGGAAAUUAUUAUCGCCACUCAAAAGGAGAUGAUAACAAUAAAGUUUAUAUGGAUGUUAGACCAAAAAGGUACAAGUUUACACAGCGCUGGUAUGAGCAUGCAAAUGGGAUGGGGUUUGAGUUGGUUUCGGAGACUAAUUUUGUUGCACUACUUGAAGAAAUGAAGAAGGAGGCGGAGGAGACUAAGAAGAAGCCGAUUGACAUGGUUAAAGAGGAAUUCCAAAGUCUGGAGAAACAAGUUCGCAACUGGAUUUCUGACCACAAAAUACGAAUAGAGGAUGAUGAUGAUGUAUUUUGGGGAGAAUCUUUUUUCUCUGUGUUGCGGGGAAAACUCGGAUAAACACCACACCUACGCCCACACCCAUGAAAAAGGAACAAAAUGUACAUAAUCUUAACCUUUCCAUAUGAUUACUUAAUAAGGGUGACUGGGCGAGUGUAAUAUGUGAGUGAGUGUGUUUGAUAUUUUAUGUAUAGCAUCCUUACUAUAAUUGAUUUACGC